ACCAGGAGGAAUUCGAUGAUGCGGGUCUGAACCCGUCGCUGUGCUGCCGCUACUCUCUGGUGGAGAUCCGCCGAGCCACGGGCAACUGGAGCGAAGAGAACCGCAUAGGCUGUGGGCAGCACAGCGACGUGUACAAGGGCACGUGCCCGUACAACCCCACCAGCACGUGGGCUGUGAAGCGCUACAAGGAGCGCUCCACGCACUUCGAAAAGGAGGUGGAGCAAAUCGCAAGCAAGUGGCACCCAAAUCUCGCCCACCUGUUGGGCUACUGUGUGGACUCGGACACGCGGGUGGAGGGCGGCAGGAUGGUGCAGGCGGAGGAGCAGAUCGGAGUGUACGAGUACGUGCACCACGGGGACCUCAGCCGCUACCUCUACCAAGAAACCUUUCGGGCGUCCUUUGCCCUGUGGGAACGGGUCGAUAUCCUGUUAGGCAUGGCGCACGGGGUGAAGUACCUGCACUCGGUGGGCAUGGUGCAUGGGGACCUCAAGCCCGCCAACAUCCUCAUCGAUAAGAGCUGGCAGGCCAAGGUCGCCAAUUACGGGCUGCUGCUGCGGAAUGAAACCAGCGCUGUCAACGCUGGCCGGCUGUUCGGCACCCCCGGAUACGUGGAUCCGGUGUAUCUGACCUCCCAAAUUGCCACCAAGGCUUCGGACGUGUUCAGCUUUGGCGUCAUCUUUCUCGAGCUGCUCACGGGGCGGCCGCCAUUCAUUCAAGUGCAGGCGGAGCAUGGGGAGGACCACGAGCACAUCGCUGACUGGGCUGCACCUUUAAUCGACGAGGGCAAGACAGAGGAGCCCAAGGACCCCCACCUGGACGUGCCCGAGUCCUCCUUCCUCUCCCUCGCUGAGCUCGCCAUUCGCUGCACCGCCAUGCCCUUCACCGACCGCCCGCCCAUGGGGGAGGUGCUGGCCACGCUCAAGGCCAUUCGAACGGACUUUUUUCGGGCUCACGGACCCGGAUGA